UAGUCAUAUUCUACUUCUUGUUUGCAAUUUUCGCAAUCGCGAGGACAACUGCAGGCCUCUGCCACUUUCUCAUCCGAAAAAUACAUCUUGUCACAGACACAUCAGUAACUGCUUGUACUCGCUACAGGGCAACGCCAAACCGAAAAUAAAGCUCAAUGUUGCUUUCGCACAACACGGCCGAAAACCUUCCCAGCCCCCAGAAGAAAAGCGCCGCAGCCACGAAAAACAUGGUCGCCAUGAAUCUCUCCCAGGCGGAAAAAACCGCUCUCGACGAGGUGAAGCAUACCUACAAAUAUCACAGGAAAAAGUGUUAACAUUUACUAGGGAAUUUGUGAUGCGGCAAUGCAUCACAAAACGUGCCCAAAUUUGUCAUGCAUAGCAGGCAUACUAGGCUAAUUUUGUGAUGCAUAGCUGCAAUCUGUGAAAUAAACCGUAAACGUUAACAGUUUUUCUUGUGAUAACAAACAGGACCAGUUGAUGGUCGCGGGAGAACUUUUGAAGGAAACGUUUGGAAAAAAUGAGAAGAAACUCCUCGAAGUGACGGAAAAAGACGAGGAGAUCCACGACGUCUCGCAGCGGUUCCAGAUGAUGCAAGACGUCCAAAAGACUUUGCAAAAGAUCGACGAAGCGCGGGCUAAUGACGGAAAGGCCGCUUCGGACGCGGAAAGUGGCAGUCUCAUGGAUGAGGAAGAACUGAAAAAGCAGCAGGAGAAGGCAAACAAAACUUCCUCGAAAGAUGCCGACGACGAGUAUGGCGUUCUCAAAUGUUACAUUCUCAACUGUUACAGGAAUUUGUAAUGCAAGAACGGCAAAAAUGAAUGGGGGAAGCUUGUGCCUUUUGCAUUACAGAUUUGGCGCAGAUGUUGAUGUACAUGCUGUUUAGCCCCUUCGAAGAUUUGUCAUGCGAAGGAGCUUAAUGGUGGUGAUCUUGGUGGCAAGUUUGCAUGACAAAUCAUGUAACAGUUGAGAAUGUAACGUUUGAGAGUCCCAUAACGAGAAAAAUCAAGAAGUGGAUCCGAAAGCCCCUCUGUGUAUCAAGAUCACGAAUCCGGCCAUUUUUGGAGGGGAUAAAAAUGCUACUUCCAACACGACCAAUUCAUCCAACAUCGGCAACUGGCAGCUGCUCCGCGAGUACGACGGGAUUAAGACCACUAUGCGGACCGAUGAGUUGUACGAGGACAAUAACAACAAAACCACCCGGAUCUACAGCUUCACCGUCGAAGGGUCGGCCAACAUCGAGUUCUUCCCGUUGUUAUCCAUCCUAAACGAAGCGGAUCUGUAUGUGAAGUGGAUUCCGUCGGUGUUGGGUUUAGGGUUAGUCCGUGCCGACAUCAUCGAACGGAAGAACCGGUGCGAUUUUACGUCGCGGAUUUUGAUCAAGCUCCCCUUCCCGUUUUCCAACCGCCGCAUCACGUUUAACAUCCGGGGCUACGACUGCAUGACGGAAAAGGAUUUGGUGAAACAGGUUUUGGUGCAAUUAAGCUCCGCGGAAACCGUCUCUGUGGACCAAGACGGUGACGAAAACGAUAUCGCGAAGGAAUACGAGGGAUCCAAGCCCGCUGUCCUCGACAAAUCCGCGAUCGUUCUCACGCCGGAGGGCAAACACUCCACCUACGCACAGAUCCUGGUGAUAUGGCUCUCUCAAACGUUGCAUUCUCAACUGUUACAUGCAUAAUUUUCCAUGCAAGAAUAGCAAAAGCACAAGGGGAGACCUUGCGCGGCGGCGCCGGGAACUUGUCACGUGAACAAGAUUGAUCGUGUGAAGUGUAAUACUAGUGAUUCUGCAUUACAAACUCAUGCAACAGGAGUUGAGCAUGUAACGUUCUUUGAGAAGGCCAUAGCUGAACGUCGUCCCGUUGAUCGCCUUCGCGCCCCAGUGGCUGGUGAAUUUGGCGUUUAAGAAUCUCGCGUUUUUGAUUCUGUUGAAAAUCCGCUCGGCGAAGGAAGUGACCGCGUCUCCGGUCUACAAAGACCGCCACAUGGACCCGAACAACGAGUUUUACGAUUUCAUCAAGAUAUCAACUGCAGAUAUGCCUGGGUCUGGAUGAGUGCAGAUGUUUGUCAUGCAUCUUCUCAAUCACACAAAACAAAUGGUCUGUCAUCCACGUAAAAGCAUUGAUACAGGUUUCAUGCUGGCCUCCUGAUGCCUGUCCCGCAUGACAAAUUCCCUACUUGCGUAGCAAGAACUGGGAAGCUUUUGGCAUGUCUAUUCAAAUAUCCGCAUGACAAGUUCCAAUUGUUCUUCCAGGCCCAGACAUAUUUGCAAUGCAUACAAGACCCGUAUGCGCGAGUCCAUCCCCUACCAGGAGAUCCCUGAGGACGUGGUGUUGCCCGAGGAAAACAUCUACGGUUUUUGCCUUGGAAAAGCGGUUGGUGACAAAAAGAAAUCCACUGCUGCCGCCGAGAACGGCUUGGAGUUAUUAGAAUCGGUCCGGAAACUGGUGGACUCCGUUCGGGUGAAGGUGUCCGACGCGUCGACCACGAAUGGGGAUAAGGACAAGGAAAAGGAGCAGAAAAAGAAAGAGGAGAAGAAGAACAUAUGCACUGCAAAAGUAUCGUGUACUAGUAUACAUCGCAUGACAAAUUUCCUCAGCACGACGAGAAAUGAAAUUUGUAAUGCGGAUUGAACUUGAAAAAAAAAAAAUUGCAAUGCGUAAAUACGAUUAGUACGAGUGCGAUGCUUUUGCAAUGCAUAGAACAGUUUGAAGGACACGUUUGUCACGAUCAACGAGACCAUUUACGACUCCAAGUGGGCGAAGCAGUACCACGCGAACGAGCGUCUAUUGUGAGGAAAAAUCCCCCCUCCCUGUAUUGAAACGGAAAUUUGUCUUGCUGGAUUUGUGUACACAAAACAGCUCUGUCUUGCAGAGAGACACUGCAGGCAACGCCUAAGCCUGUGUAGGUGGGUUUUGAUGUAGGUGCUUAGCAUAGCAGAGGCCUGCCAUGUAGCCGCAGCAGCAGCACAAAUCGCCCGCAUAGGCCGGCGGAUUCUUUGGAUUUGCCCUCUUGCAAGAGAGACAGGAUUUGUGGUCACAUAUCAGCAUCGCAAACUUUUAGGAACGUACCUGCUCAAUAUGGGGAGGGGGGAUUUUUCCUCACAAUAGCGUCGGGUGACUGUUUUGAACAUCCGGAAGGCGAUGAAGGUCCGUCCGGUAUCCCGUGUAAAAACGUCCCCACCCCAGAAUUUUCAUGCAAUUCUGCAUGCCAAAAAAGUUUCUCAUGCGGAGCCCUAUGAGAAGCCGCGUUCUCCAUUCGUGUUUUGGAAUUUGUGAUGCAAGAAUCAGCAUGCUACCCAAGAUCUGUGAUGCUUCUGAACUAGCUCAACAGGAUUACACUACGAGGACCACAAACUUACCAUACCAAACAACCAAGGCUGGUUGAUUUGUCUAGCACAGUUGCCAUCUUGACUCUGGUGUGGGGACGCUUUUAAUCAGGAUAUCCGGGCUUGGACUUUUACAAAAACGGGAAAACGGAGGAGGAGCACAUGAAUGUCGAAUACGGCAAGGUGAUCGAAUUCGAUCUGCAAAAAUGCACUGCUACGGUGGAAUGGACGACCGAAGCUGGCUGGUUUUCCAAGGCGAAGACGCAGACCUUCGACUACAAAAUCGGCCCGGUCGGGAAGUUCGAGUUGGCCAAGUGGUCCAAACACGAGCGAGAUCAGUACUGAUCGAUUCUGUCGUACUAGUGGAACGACACCUUUCACCAUCAGUAGAGGCGAAAUUUACACAUCGCAGUGCUGUAGCUGAGCGACAUAAUAUCUGACCGCGACAACUUCAACUACGUAGAAGAUCUUCACGAGGUGAUGUAUAUUUAUGAGCAGCAGCUGCUGUUAGCUGCUGUUCGUGUAGUUCCUCGACCCUUUGAGCUAUUUUUCCUGCUUAUUGACUAUGUUGACAUCGAAGUCAAACCUGAUGACGAGUUUUACUUGUGUAAAGAAAUUGCAAGUGCAAGACGAAAAGAUUAAAUAGGACUAGUCUAGUACAACUUCUUUGGUGCAUCUGAUGAUUCAAAUCCCAACAGCAAGAGCGAGCCGUUUGGAAAAUCACAUUUCGAAGAAGAACCGACGAUAGAAGGCGAGAUAGUCGUCGAACUGUUGUAGGCCGAAGUAGUACUAGCAUCUGGUGCAAGAAGAGGAACCGCUGUUGGUAGUACACAAUUUUAGGACACAGAGCGACCGUACUGAGGAGAAGGACAAAUGAUUGAUUGCUGCGUAUAGACUUGUGCCGCUUGGGCUUGUGGCCUCUCGCUCAGCUAGUUUCAAAAAAUUUGCAAAAAAACAAAAAAUCGAAAGAGUC